UCAAAAUAUAUAGUAGUAAUGGCUUAUGCAAAUAAUGGUAAUUUAAGAGAAAAUUUAACAAGAAUAGUCAAAAAUAAUUGGAAUCAAAAAUUAUAUAUGUUGUACAGAAUUAUUACUGGACUAAAUAAAAUACAUAAAAAAAAUCUUAUUCAUUGUGAUUUUCAUGAUGGUAAUAUUUUAAAUCAUGAUGAGAAUAUAAUUUGUAUUAGUGAUUUAGGAUUAUGUCAACCUGUAAAAUCGUUUUUGAAAAAGUAUGAUAUUUAUGGUGUUAUACCAUUUAUGGCUCCUGAAAUUUUAAGAGGCAAAUCUUAUACUCCAGCUAGUGAUAUAUAUAGUUUUUCUAUGAUUAUGUGGGAAAUUACAUCUGGAGUACCACCAUUUAAUAAUAGAGCACAUGAAAUUCAACUUAGUUUAAGUAUUUGUAAAAAUGGUGAACGUCCUAAAAUUAUUGAAAAUAAACCACAAUGUUAUGUAAAUUUAAUGAAAAAAUGUUGGAAUGAAGAUCCAUUAAAAAGACCAUCUACUAAAGAAGUAUUAAAAAUUAUUAAAAAAUGGAUUAUCAGUCCUGAUGAUGAAGAAGUAAAUAAUGAAUUAAAAAGCAACAUUAUGGAAUUUAUAAAUGCACCAAUUGGGCAGUAUAACAAUCUUGUUACUCAAUCUCAUCCUAAAGCAUAUUAUACAAGUCGCUUACUUAAUUUUACUAGUAAAAAAUUGAAUGAAAUUAUUGAAAGUGAAGAUUCACAAGCUAGUAUAGAAGCAAAUGAAAUGCUAGUAAGUGAAGAUUUGAAUGAUUAUAUAAUUAAGGAUUUGGGGUCAUUAGGUAUUAAAACAGAUGAAAAUUAACUAGUCAUUAUUUGUUUUUAAAAAAAAUUUAUAGUUUUUUUUAAGUGAUAUUUGAUAUUAUACAUUUAAAGAAAUUGUUCUUUAUUUUAUUCUUUUUAGAUUUAUCUAAACAUUA